UUCGCCGAGUUCGCACGGAAUUUUCUCAGUUUGGAACAAGAUUCGGGCAUCGUUGCGUUCUAAGGCGGCAGCAAGAAAGCGGAACAGCGCAUUGCCGCGAGGCUCGGAAGUCGUUCGUAGCUCGUGCAUUUUCGAGAAUGAGGCGUCUGGCAGCGACCGCUAUCCUGUUAUCGGUCUUGAUCGAUGCGUCGCUGGCUUGCGUGCGAACCGAGGAUAUCGAUCGAGAGCUGCAGUGGGCGUGUUGGGAUUUCGACAGAACUGCGACCAGAUACACCUCUCCGAAUAAGUGCUGUUCUGGAUCCUCUUGCGAAUGCGACGAAACUGGCAAUUUCACCUCGAACGCGAGGUUCGGCAGAGAUUGCAAGUGCGUGUCAACGACUGUCAAAUUUGUAAAUGAAUAUUAUGCGCGGAUCGCUGCCCGUCAGCAACAAGACAAUGCUACGCAAGAUGAUCAAGCCUAGACAGUACAAUCAAAGCUAUCUACUGCUUUCCAAAUUGAGAUUUUCCUGCAAACCUCGCGUUAUUGUAUUUUAAAUGAAAAUCUUUAUCAAGCAUUUGAUUAAAGAAAUCAUUUGUAUAUCGAGAUGCUUGACUUUUUGACGGAACGAUUUUGACUAUAAAAGAACACAUGCAAUAGAACAAUGUUUAAUUUUCUAAUUAAUUUUCACAAUUAAUUAUGUUUCUGCAUGAUAUAUUUUUAUGUAUUUAUUCCACGAUUUAUGCCAUUAUUUUUCUUAAACCCUUGAGGGGUGGUGGUACAUAUGUACAAUGAUUUAUCAAAUUGUA